UGUAGGGGAGAGGAGAAGCGAGUGUAGUAUUAUUGCUUGAGAGAGAGAGAGAAAGAGAAAGAGAGGGAGCUUGGUUUGGUAGGGAUUUGUGUUGAUUCAUUUUAGAGAGAGAAAGAGAGAAUGGGUACUUGUGGAAGAAAUGGAGCGGUGAGGCAGUACAUACGAUCGAAAAUACCUCGUCUGAGAUGGACGCCUGAGCUCCACCAUUCCUUUGUUCAUGCCAUACAAAAGCUUGGUGGCCAAGACAAGGCCACACCGAAGCUUGUGCUUCAGCUGAUGGAUGUGAGGGGCUUAACAAUAUCCCAUGUCAAAAGCCAUUUACAGAUGUACAGAGGCAUGAAGAGUGACUCAAGCAGACACGCUUGCCAUGCUAGCCAGACAAGCAAAUAUAUGGAAGAGGAGGAGAGCAGUAUCAUCUCAUCAGUAAAAGAGGUCCCAACAGAUUUCGAUUCUCUCUCUAAUGUUUACCACCCUCUCCAGCCCAAAGGACCUGCUGAUAAUUACUACGUUCAAAUGCGUGAUUCCAUGUGCGGUAGCAGCGGAGCAUGUGGCGGUCAAAAGGGAAUGGUCGGUAUUGAUAAUUCGUUGGCGAUGGCUUCUUCUUCUUCUCCUUCACUCUACUCUGCUGAUAAUUACUCGGAUGAGACCACCAUGAAACAGCAGCAUGAGGCAGUAAUAAAAGGUUUAUUGUACACAAAGAUGCAGAGAGAUGGCCUUGACUCACUGCUUACUCCCCAUCAUCGUGAUAUUCUCAAGUACAAUGCACAGGCUGCGUCUCAUUUCCAGGACACUGAGCUGAACCAUGAGCAUGGACCGACAAGAAAACGCAAAUUCGACCCAAAGAACGAUAACAGAUACGAUCCAUUUUCUUCCCAGUUUUGCAAGGAGUGGAACAGGAAGGAAGAGGAAGAAGUUGGCGAUUGCACACUAUCUUUAUCGAUUUGCCCCAGAUCCACAAAGGGAUAUUUUACGAAGAGUAAUGCCUCAUCCAACAGUGAGAACAGUGAAGCAGCCUCAUCACAUUCCAGGUUAAGUUUCAGAGGAGGCACAGGUCGUUCUUCUUUGGAAAAAAAUGAAAUAAACUUAGACCUUAGCAUAUCUAUGUACGCUACAUGCAGGAAACAGGAAUAGACCAAAUAUAUAAUCUAUUUAUCUUUCGUAGA